AUGACUGACCGCAGCAGCCUCCUGCCCGGACGGAUUGACUACGGCGAUGACCCCGCGCUGCGCAGCUUGCCAAGCGCCCCGUCAAGCAGCUUUGGCAGCGGCAGCCGCCGCAGCUACCGAGGUGGCGGCUUCUCCAUGCUUCUUUCAUCGCCCGAGCCCGCCGGCAAUGAUGAUGACGCCGACAGCGGCCUGCGCCCGCCCUUCGUCUUUGCGGACAUCCCUCGCCUGGCCAGCCUCACCGCGCUGGGGCCGUAUGGCGUCGACGUUGCUCGGGGCGAGCUGCCCAUGACGCCCGGUGGCAGCAUUGGCGAGCUUGAGAGGGCCACCAGGCCCAGCGCCAUCCGGCCCAGCGCUGUCAGGCCCAGCGAGCGGGCUGUGCGCCAGUCCUUCAUAACCUCUGCUCGCAUCGUGGAGCACGCCAAGGCCCGGCUGCGCAGCAAGCGGACGGCGCUUGAGACCAUAAUCGAAGAUCCAAGGCGCCUCCCGGGCUUGGCCGAGGCGGAGUGCGGGCCCCUGCUGACCGACUGUCUCCCGCCGCCGAGCGCCGCCCUUGACUGGCUGUCCUUCCUGAGCGAGCCCGGCAGCGCCGCGGCCUGCGGCUUCCUGGGCCUUGGCGCCGGGGCCGCGCUGGUGCGGCCAGUGAUGAGCGCCGGCGGCCAUGGCGAGAGGGGCGUGUUCGUCCGCAGGCUCGGGCGCGGCCUGGGGGAGAAUGUCAUGGAGGUGGCAGCCGUGGUGUUUGCUCCCCGCGACAGCGCAUCGUCUCUGCAGCGGAUGGAAUCGCUGGAAGACGGGCAGGCGCUGCUCGCCGGGGGGCCGCGUGUGCCUGCCUUUGCCGCCCCUAUGCAGCACGUCGUCACCUCUUCAUUGGUGCCCGGCGGGCGGGCGCCCCGCAUGGCCGUCCGCUUUGAGGAGGGCGGGGUUUUCCCGGCCCUCUCCGUGGCCGCCGGGUCGCUCGCGCGGUCGUUGGCGGGCGAGCAACCGCAGGGCGCGGCGCGGGACGAGACGCGGCGCCUGGUGCUGGUGCGGUUGGCGUUCGUCAUUCUGCACUGCUUGGCCUCCAUGGUGGCGUUCUGCCACAUGCCAUCUGCGAGCGGCAAGGAGGAGAUGGCCGCACCAGCAGCAUGGGCAGCGGCACCUGAGCCCGCGCCUGGGUGGCUGGCCUCAGCGUGGGUGCUGCAGCUGGGCGGUGGCCUCGCCAGGGUUCCCAUGCCCGCGGCACUGGGUCGGGCCCUGCUCCAGAUCCUUGAAUCCGACAGCACCGCCAACAUGUAG